AUGGAUCGACCGAGAAGAAUCUGCAGAAAUGAGGUCCGUGGUUACACUAUCUCUUACGGUGUCGCUUCUCCCUCCCGACGUAUCGUCAUCGAAGGGGCCAACACAAAUUCGUUCACUCUGAAUCGACUCGAACCCGAUACAGACUACGUUUUCGCCGUUGGCGCUUACAAUGAAGCAGAUGGUGAAGAUGGUGAACCAGUUCUGCUCUCGGCUCGAACUCUCCCCAGUGACGGAACGCAAGCAUUUUCCCUCUGGCCACCGAUAGCCGUUCGUGCAAAUUCUCCGAAGCCAGGGGAAGUUGUGGUUACGUGGGAAGACCCGAACCCUGAGCUGGACAUUGAAAAUGAGAUUGAUGGAACUCAGAGACAUUACCUCAUACAGUAUGGCCUCUACCAAUCCGAGCAGCUGUCAAAGAUGCGUUCAAACUCUCGAAGUGUCAAACUCACCGGUCUUUUGCCUAACAAGGAGUAUGAGAUUGCAGUGAAGGUGGUAGGAGAAGAUGGAAGGGAGAGUCCAUGGAGCAUCAGAGACAUAGUACUUACUCCACCAGGUAGUACUACUGAAGUAGAAGAUCCAAACCAAGAAAUCUCGAGAUACGACUGGGAAUGCGAUUUUGAGAAGGAUCUAUGUGGAAUGCGUAAUGGAGAUGGAAUAGACUGGGUCAGAGCUGGCGGGACCCCACCAGCGGAGCAUGGAAAUCAGUACAUCACAUUGGACGCAGAUUCGGAAAAGUAUCAUUUCUCAUCGCUCUACUCUCCAAUGUUCAACAUGAAGAACAGCGCUGCGCUAUGUCUACAGUUCCACUACUACCUCAAACCUGCAAAUGAUGGUCAAAAAAUGCCAUUAUGCUGUCCCAUAAUAGCCAUACCCAACAAACGGCCCACAGCUUUCGUUUAG